UUUCAGUCGAUUCGUAUGUUUAGGUACUAGGGCGGGAAUUAUUUUCUUCACAAUAAUAAAUUUGCUUUUUCUACGGGACUUGUCGGGAUCAAUACUGUAGCGCGACAGAAGCCGAAAGUGAACGGUGUUUGUGUCAGAAGGGGGAAGUUUUCCCUUGAAGUGUGGUUGAAUAAUAUUGUUGUUCGGUUAGAAUAUUGAAAACUUCUAAGAAUUAGUGAAAUUUUGUGUAAUUCUGUCUUCAAGAUUCGGCUCUAUUUUCAGUUUCCAUUUACUCCGAAAUUUAAAAAAUAUGAAACUUUUGUUUCGUUCGUGAAAAAUUAAAUCGAAUCUCUAUUGAAAAGUAUGUUUUACGAUAUUGUUUAAUACACGGUGAUUUAAUUUAUAGUGACAUAAUGAAGUUAUUGCCAGUGGUUUAUAAUGGAUUCACCUCAAUGGAUCGGAGGUUUUCCAGUGCCAUGCUUCCAUGGAUUGUUUCGGAAAUAAGACGACGGGAUUAUAACGAGAAGUUAAGUGUAGGAGUGGAAGACGGCAUCCUCCAAGCCUACAACAUGGACUUUGAACUACAAUUCUCACACAGAAUCAAUCAAAUUACACGAUUUUCGCAAGCUGAUAUUGAUGCCUGCACGUUCCUUUACCUAUUACGGGACGACAACGACAAUUUGCUCUACUGUUAUUUGUUCCAGGCACAAAAAGUGAAAGACGUUACGGAACUCUACAAACAAAUGAAAGAACAAAGUCAAGUGGCUCCCACAAGGUCCUUAAGUAGCGCCGCGACGCUGACCUCUCUCUGUGUGGACAUAUCGCCAAGUUCCAGUAACUUUUUUGAGGUUUUGUAUAUAGGAAAAAUCAAAGUAUGGCAAAAGAAAGUUCCUGAUACUUUUAUAGACGAUGCCCUGGAAAAAUUUAGGAUCCAUGAACUGGAAAAAAACAAGUUACGCCGAUUAGAGAGUAUAGGAAGGUUGAAGAGUGAAGAUAAUAUAUUUAGACGAGGAUCGACGGAAUCUCUAGCUAGUGAAUCUAGCACAGAAAGCACGAGUGCACCAAUACCGCCAAUACAAAGAUCAAUCUCUUACCAUUCAAAUAUCCUUCAGAGACAAGUAAAUGUAGUCAACAAACAUGAAAAUGAAUUGGAUGAUAGAAAACUUACCAGUGUUGGUUCAAUCGCUGAUGAAAAUGGAAAUAAAGAAGAAGAAAAGGAAAAAGAAGAAAAUCUUUCUUCAAGUUCAGUUAACAACAACGAAACGAGUCAAAGAGAACCUUCACCGCAAGGCAAAGAACUGAAAUCCUCAGUGGACAUGGACGAUCAUAAUAGGACAAUGGUUCUACAAGUCGAUAGGACCGAUUUAAGAUUAAUUAGUCCUGAUAGGAAGGUGAUAUUGCUUCAUAAGCAUCAUAGAGAUGUCACCAGCUGCGUUCAAGGUUUUACAAGAUCAGAACAUUUCGGUUUUGUAUGCAGAGAAAACGCUAAUGGAAUGCAAACAUUCAUGGGAUAUAUUUUUAAAUGCGAAUCCGGCUCAAUUUCGAGUGAUGCAGUAGCAGCAAUUACCCAAGCGUUUUUGUCAUCGGAACCAAAAACACGACCCAUGAUAACGUCAUGCGAACACUGUCCAAUGGUGUGGUUCCAUAAGAUUUGUACAGAAAUCGAGCAUAUGUCUGAUAAGAAAACGCAGGCUACCAUUUUGAGAAGAUUAGAACAAUUAGACUCGGAAGAACAAAUGACAAUUCUAACAAAAUUCAGAGGCGCAGAGACGGACUCAGUAAGAGAACAAAACGAGUUUUUAAUGAUGCUGCUACGGGCGCAUUGCGAAAUGAAACAGGGUCGGCAUAUGCACGACACUGCCGAAAACAGGUCGGAAUUUUUAAAUCAAUAUUUGGGCGUCGGAGGCACAAAUAACGUUUUUAGUAAGGCCAAAAAAUCGUUCGACCAAUUUUUAAGAAGACGCACAUCCACCAACGAUUUAGGUAUUAGUGGCGUGAAACAAAUGAGCUUGCCAAUCGCAAAUAAUUUAAAUAAGGAAUCUUCACCAUCAUUAGCAACAACAAAUGAAUCAAAUUCCGAUAAAGAUUCUGAUGGUUUCCGAUCUAGAUCCUCGACACUAGAUUCUCAAUACGAAGGCAAAGACAAUUAUUUGGCUGUGAAAAAUCCCCGACCAAGUUCCAUUUCUCCAGACAGAAGCGUUGGAUCUGACAAGGGCUUGAAAUCACCUAUGAUGGACAUUUUUAUGAAAGUUGGUAACAGUCCCAAAUCAACAGCGUCAGAAGACGAUUCACAAAAACUAGAUGCAAGCUCAUGGAGGCAAGCCAUCUUUAAAACAGUCGUAACUGCUAAAAAAGACGAAGUUCCAGAUGGACCUAGAAGGAAAAAGACAACGGAAGAAUAUAGAGAUUUAUGGAAGAAGGCUAUCAAACAAGCUGUUUUGUUGGUGAGGAUGGAAAAAGAAAAUGAACGGUUGAAAGUUCGGCAAGAAGAAUCAGCAGUAAAAAGAAUCAAAUUAGAGUAUGACGAAAUGAAGCCCAAUCAAAGGGAAGUUAUGGAAGUUUGGGAAAUGAUUUCUAAUAAAGAUUCUCAUAUGAAGUGCAACAAACCUAUGCUGUUACAGGCUAUUCGACAAGGUGUUCCAAGAGGUAAACGUGGCGACGUUUGGCAAUUCCUUGCCGAGCAACAUUGUCUUAAAGCAGCCCCGCCUGAUAUCCAUAAAUAUCCGCACUACAACGUUCCUUACGAGCAACUAUUGAGGCAAUUGACGUCACACCAACAUGCCAUUUUAAUUGAUUUGGGCCGCACUUUUCCUAAUCACUCUUACUUUAGUAGUCCGUUAGGUCCAGGACAAUUGGCCCUAUUCAAUUUAUUGAAAGCUUACUCUUUGUUGGAUCCUGAAGUUGGAUAUUGUCAAGGGUUGAGUUUUGUAGCUGGAGUUUUGCUUCUUCAUAUGGAAGAAUCCAAAGCAUUCACCUUGCUACGUCACUUAAUGUUCCGAAGGGGCAUGCGCAAUCAGUACUUGCCGGAUAUGGUCGGUCUCCAGAUAAACCUUUAUCAACUUUCCAGAUUAUUGCACGAUCAUGUGCCAGAAUUGUACAACCAUUUGGAUUUUUAUGAAGUGGCGCCCACAUUGUACGCUGCGCCCUGGAUGUUGACCGUGUUCGCUUCGCAAUUUCCUUUAGGAUUUGUCACAAGAGUUUUUGAUUUGGUAUUUCUGGAAGGUCCGGACGUAAUAUUCAGGGUAGCUUUGGCCCUUUUGAAUUAUCACAAAGACAAAAUUUUGUUGUGCGAUAGUUUUGAGGAAAUUAUGAAUUAUUUGAAAGGACAAUUGACUUCUGUGGACAAACCUACAUUAGAUAAAGUCAUGAAACAGAUCUACACAACAGACAUCACCAAAAGCCUCCACGAAUACAAAGUCGAAUACCAGGUGCUUCAAGAGGAAAUGGCCUCUAUGCAACCUCAAGUUGAGGCUCUACAUAAACUAGAGGCUCAAAAUAAGGUUUUGACAGAACAAAAUAAGGCUUUAAUGGGACAGUUAGAGCUACAUUUAGGUAAUGUUCAAAGGCUGGAAAGGACUAGAGUUUUGCAGCAGUCCCAGUUGAAUAGAUUGGAACAGCAGAGCAGGGGACUGGACGUUACCAUUGCAACUUUGGGGAUUUUCAUUAAUAAUUUGAUUGAAGAAAAGGUCGAUAUCGAAGUUCCAGACGACGUAAGAAGAGUCGUGUCGCAAAUAAUUCUAUCGGAACGAAAAAAGACCGAAACAAAAGGACAAAACAAUUUACUGAAAAUGUUACAAGAAAAAGAAAACAAUCGUAUGCAGGUGCCCGAUAGAAUUAUGGUCAAAUCGUUGAGCACCGGGAAAAUUAGCGUUCCUCAAGCGUUAGAAGCGAUGUCCCGAACAACCAGCUUGAAUACAAAUGCAGAAAAUAUUUUAACGCCGGAAUUGAAGAGACAAAUGCAGAAAUCACCUACAGGAUCCACAGAGAAAAAGUCACAGUUUUUUAGUAGUUCUCAUAGUAAUAUUUUGGAACAACAAAGAAUGCACAAUAGUCAAACUAGUAUUGCGAAUAACAGCAGGAUAGACAUCCAGAUUCAAGAAUUUGAAAAUAAUAGAAAAAAUUCUGGUACGACGCCUAUCGAUCUCCCAAAUUUAGAGAAAAAUGUGUCUCCAACACACUCAAUCGAUAGUGGUGUAGGUACUCCACAAAGCCCCAGAAUACCAGAAAUCCACCCUCUAAGCAAUUGCGACGUCAAUUUUACUUUUAGCGGCACAAAAGAAUUGCAAAAUUUAAAAAGCUUGAAACACUAUCAACGGAAUUCUAGCCCUGACAUGUUAGGAAAUAAAUCGUAAUUCUAAGCAGCCUUUAAAGAGAAGUGGGUUGGGUUUUGAAGGGAAAAGUCAGUUAAAGCUAUACAAAAAAAAGGGGCAAUUUUAAAAAUUUAAUUUGAUAUUAAUUUUAGCUUGUACGCACUUACUUCUAUCAUUUUCACAUAUGUAUGUAGAUCCUUGUAACUUUAUUUUGUGUGAUAUUAGUUUAUAGUUUUGUUAAAAUUGCGUUGGGAUUCAGACAAGUUUUAGUGCUUUUUUGGCAAAUUGGAUAAAAAUAUUAGUGUAAACAAUGCCUUUUUUGGUGAAAUGUCUAUGGCUUGUAACUAUAAUAAUAUUAUAAUGAGUUAAAACACUUUGACAUUAUGACAAAACAAAUAAUGAAGAUAAAAUUAAGGAUACUAGCUUCAUUGACAUAAAAGUGAAUGUAAUACAUAGUUUUAGGAAUACAGAAGACCCCAUAACGUUAAAAAGUAUUAAGACAGAUUAAUUUUUGCACGAAUAGCUUAAAAAGUGAAUUUUAUCUUUGUUAAAUGUACUUCCAAUUUACUUAGAUAUACUUUUAACGUUUAUAGUUUGUUAAGCUAGAUAAAGUGGUAGUUAGGCAUUAUUUUGUAUUGUUACUCAUAUUAUUGUGAUUUUUGUGAAAUACUUAUUAAUAAAUAAUAAAGAAAACUUUUAA